AUACGCCCUCCUCCCAUUCUACUUUCUUGCACCCUAAACGUGUCUGAUGUCUUUAAUUUCACGUUUUUCCUCAAAACUAAACCCAAUCCCUCUCAUAAACCAUUGCGCCUGUGGCCCAUUCCUUUGCGCUCGGACUUUUCCUUUAACAUAUGCCAGCAGAAAGAAAACAUUAAGCAAUUAAACGGGAAAUAACAGAGCAGUCAAUAUUAAGACUUUUGCAUUAAUGUGCGACUCUGGACUAAUUGUUAAAACACCCACUUAGCAACAUGCAUCUCUCCUCCCACAAGAACCAAUGGGUUGGUUUUUUUUUAAAAAAAGGGUGUGUGUGUAAAAGGCACAGGUUCACAGCGACAGGUGGUACUUAAAUAUUAAAGGCUCUGGGGAAGCACGCCAUUGUUUGCCCUCCAUUUCAGAGAGGCAGUUGAGGUUGGUUGGUUGAGAGAGAAAGAGAGAGAGAGAGAGAGAAAGAGAGGGAGAGCAAACGGCAACAAAGACAGAGCCCGUGCUGCUGGGAACUGCAAGGAGAACUUCAGGGAAAGCAACAACAGAGGGUGCACUCAAGUGUUAAACUAUCUGACAAAGGAUGUGAAGCGUGAAGAAACCAAGACCGAGUCGGCUGUAAAAUGUUGACAGAAGCUGGACUUUUGGUGCAUUAAACAUGGAUGGAAGCGCAAGCGGAACAGCAGAAGUUGAAGAGACCGAGACCGAGACCUACGGCACACAGAAUAGACACAAGGAUGAAGUGGACAGGGUCUCGGAUGAGGAUGGGCCUGUGUCUGAGGCUCCUGUGGAAGGGGACGCGGAGGCUGGAGCGCAGAACUCCAGGGACAGCCGAAAACUGGACUGCAUCAUCUGCUACAGUGCGUAUAAUCUGGGAGAGAGACUCCCCCGCAAACUCUACUGCGGUCACACGUUCUGCCAGGCCUGUCUGAAGCGGCUGGACACCCUCAUCAAUGAGCAGAUGUGGAUCCCCUGUCCACAGUGCCGGCAGAACACUCCUCUACCUCGCGGGGGCGCCACCGGUCUAGACCUAGACCUGGCCGCCUUUCUGGGCGUUAAAGCUGAAGUGGAAAACCAGCGAACCUACAGCCAGAAAGCGUCGCUGGAGACCAAGCCCUCUUUUAUAAAACAGCCAAUCACAGACCAACCCCCCUCAGCAUGGGCCAACGCGGCCGUGGCAGAGCAUCGCUUCCACAGGAGCCCUUGCUGCAAGCACUGCCUGCUCUGCUGCUGGUGGUGCUAGAUCCACCCACAA